AUGGACACGGCCAGCACAGAGCAAGCCGUCACAAUCGAUGACAUAGCGUCGAAACUGAAGAACGUCGGCCUGGACCGCGUGCCCGCGGAACCCAACACAUACCCCGCCCUUAACCCUUUCGACCUCUACCGCAGCCACAUCACCGAGCUCCUCUCCCAGGCCACCGGCAUCGAUAAGAAGAUCAUAUAUCCGACGCUGCAAUGGACAGCCAAACCAGAGAAUGGCGAUCUGCAGCUCGCGGCGCCGGCGCUCCGCGUCAAGGGCAAGGAUAUGAAGGAGUUCGCGAAGGAGAUUGCGGAGAAAUUCCCUGAGUCGCCGCUGGUUCAAAAGCCCGUUGUCAGCGGGACCUUUGUUGGGUUUUUCUUCAAGGCGGCGCCAUUGACGCAACUAGUGUUGCCAAUGAUCCUCAAAGCGGGUCCGAGCUAUGGUUUCAAUCCGAACUUUGGGUUGCGCGAUCCCAGCGAUCCGUCCAAGGGCAGGAAGAAGGCAAUAGUCGAGUUUAGCUCGCCCAACAUAGCAAAGCCCUUCCACGCUGGACACCUCCGUUCCACCAUCAUCGGCGGCUUCCUGGCGAACCUCUACGAAGGCGCGGGGUGGGACGUGAUACGGAUGAAUUACCUAGGCGACUGGGGAAAGCAGUAUGGAGUACUGGCAAUAGGGUACGACCUUUAUGGCUCCGAGGAAGAAUUGCAGAAGAACCCAGUCGGUCACCUCUAUGACGUCUACGUCAAGAUCAGCAAACGCGCGGCAGAGGAGGCAGAAUCGAUCAAGGCGAAGAAGGAAGAGAUUGCUCAGCUAAAGGAGAAGGACGAAGACACCACCGCGCUCGAACAGGAGGUCAGGCAUCUGGAAACCGAGGGCGUCGACGAGCAGGCCAGGGGCUAUUUCAAGAGGAUGAGUGACGGUGAGCCCACCGCGCUGGCGAUAUGGAGGAGGUUCCGGGAUAUGUCGAUAGAAAAGAUGUCGCAGACCUACGCCCGUCUGAAUAUCCGGUAUGACGUCUACUCCGGAGAGAGCCAAGUGAAAGACGAAAGCAUGCAGAGGGCAGCCGAAUUGAUGGAAAAGAAACAAGUCUCAGAGCUCAGUGAAGGAAGCGUGAUCAUAGACUUCAGUAAAAUCGGCGCUAAGAAGCUCGGUAAAGCGGUCGUGAAGAAACGUGAUGGGACCUCUCUAUACCUCACGCGCGACAUCGGCGCCGUGUUCGAGCGUCACGAGGCGUAUGCCUUCGAUAAGAUGAUAUAUGUGGUCGCCUCCCAGCAGGACCUCCAUCUUGCGCAGCUUUUCAAGAUCAUUGACGCCGUUGGAUAUAAGGAUAUUGCCUCGAAACUCCAGCACAUCAACUUUGGGAUGGUCAUGGGGAUGAGUACGCGAAAGGGGACUGCAAAGUUCUUAAACGACAUCUUGGAAGAGGUUGGGGCAAAGAUGCACGAGGUGAUGAGGGGAAACGCAGCGAAAUAUGAGCAGCAGGUCGAAGAACCAGACAAAACCGCAGAUGUACUUGGAAUUUCCGCCGUCAUGGUUCAAGAUAUGAGGGGAAAGCGGAUAAACAACUACCACUUCGAUAUGGACAGAAUGACGAGUUUUGAAGGCGACACAGGGCAAGUCUCUCCCACUAUUCUUCCGCCCUACCUGCAAUAUGCCCACGCGAGGCUCUGCUCAAUCUACCGAAAAGCGGUCGCCGCCGUGCCGGAUGUCGCCGACGUCGACCUCCAGGCUGCAGAUCUCUCGCUGUUGCAAGAGCCACACGCCGUGGAUCUCGUCCGCCAACUUGCUAGUUGGCCUGAUGUCUUCAUCAACACGGUCAAGACUCUGGAACCCGCUACAGUGCUUACAUAUCUAUUCCGAAUGUCGCAUGCUGUAAGCUCCUCAUAUGACCAUUUGCAGGUUGUCGGUUCCGAGAGGGAGGUCAUGCUUGCGAGGCUCGCACUGUACACCUGUGCUCGUCAAGUCCUAAACAAUGGCAUGCGCCUCCUUGGGCUGAGCCCGGUCGAAAGGAUGUAG